CUUGCACUUUUCCAGGCGGAGGAGCGCGCCCGCCCGCGCGCUGCGCUCAGGUGAGCUCCCGUCGCAGGUGGGACGCGGGCAAGUCAUGGAGCUCGACCCGCCUCAGCUGCCUCAGGCGCCGCCGGCGCCGCCCUACUUCUACGACCACCACGAGUCGCCCGGCGACGACUUCCACCGCUCGAGCGCGCCCAGCGAGGACAUCUGGAAGAAGUUCGAGCUGCUGCCCAGCCCGCCGGCCUCGCCGCUGCCGCCGGGCCCCGCCGAGGACGCGGCCGCCGACUACCUGCUGGAACCCGGCCGGCUGCUGGGCAACCUGAGCGCCUUCGUCCUCCGCGACUGCAUGUGGAGCGGCUUCUCGGCCCGCGAGCGCCUGGAGAAAGCCAUGGGCGAGAAGCUGACCGCCAAGCCGCCCGCCCAGGGCCCGCCAGCCGCCGCCCCCACCGCCGCCCAAGCGCCGCACGACGCCGCGCUAGGCGGGCUGUGCGUGGCCCCCGGCGCCGUCUUCGCCUGGCCCGCCGACUGCAAGCUCCCGCCCUCCUCCGGCUCCGAGAGCCAAAGCGAAUCGGAAGGGGAAGAAAUUGACGUGGUGACAGUUGAGAAGAGGCAGUCACUGGGUGUGAGGAAGCCGGUCACCAUCACUGUGCGGGCUGACCCCUUGGACCCUUGCAUGAAACGUUUCCACAUAUCCAUCCACCAGCAGCAGCACAAUUACGCAGCCCGCUCACCACCUGAGGCUUGUUCCUGCACGGCUGCCUUGGAGAAAAGCAGUCAAGAGGAAGAGGAGGAGGAGGAGGAGGAGGAGGAUGGUGGUGCACAGUCCCUGAGGCAAGUGGCAGAGCCUUCCUCUCUUGAACCUUUCCUCCUGAAAUCCGGGAGUGCUCCCAGUUCGGACAGUGAAGAUGUGACCAAGCGGAAAAACCACAACUACUUGGAGCGCAAGCGGCGCAACGACCUCCGCUCGCGUUUCCUGGCGCUGAGGGACCAGGUCCCUGGUCUCGCCACCUGCCCCAAAACCCCCAAAGUGGUGGUGUUGAGCAAAGCAUCAGAGUAUCUGCAGUCACUACUCAAAGCAGAGCAGCAGAUGGUUGCUGAGAAGAAGCUGCUAAAAUUGCAUCAGCUUCAGCUGUUGAAACGGAUUUCGUACCUCAAGAGUGCGCAUUAGCUGCCAGGAACUCCAAACUGCUUGCCAGCUUGAUCUCUGCACUUUUUUUGUGGGGGGGGGGGAAUCAAACAAAAACAAAUUGGUUUGUUGACUUGCAGAUCCCAGAAUGCAAUGCAGCUGGUGCACACAAAUGGGGGCUUGCAUUCCAUACACUAUUUUCCACCCUGGUCUUCUCUCUUAGCCAGUUAUGGGUGCUGGAGAAUCUCCUAAGUUGUGCAGGAGUGAUGAUGAUCAGGGCAGUGGGGUUGAGCUACUCAGACUUCAGCUUCUACAGCAAAAUGCUGACUUCUUCACAGGCUGAAUGAACCUCCAUUCCAGUUGGGAUCACCAGAAGCCUGAGUGCUUCUCUGGAAAAGCAUCUUGUGGAAUACUUCACAAUACUUUCUGACAGAGGGGCCUGAGUCAACAUUUCUAAAGCUGGGGCAAAGAUGGACCCUUCAGUUGUCUCUCUCAAGAGCCUUCUUCUGUUUCCCCCAGUCAAAGUUGGAUUGUAAACACUGGCUAUGGAUAGUUCUACAUACCCUCUUUUCUCCCCAGACUCUGCUUCUUGCCGCUGACAUUUAAGAAGACAGAUAUCUUGUGCAAUUUGUUAAUUUUUUUACAAUGGUCCUACGCAAUAGACUUUUUCCCACCCCCAAGCACACCCCCCCGCCCUAUUUUCCAAUGUUGUUUAGGAUUGACAGCUCUCUUCCCUUCUUGGAAUUUAUUAUGGGUGAAUUUUUAAAUGUUGCCACCUCUGAUGUCCUGGCUAGGGCUUAUGGGAGUUGUAGUCCAAAACAUCUGGAGGGUACCAGGUGGAGAAUGUCACAUUAUGUGAAGUUAUUUCACAGCUGACACUUGAAGACAGCUUAAAUCUGGCUUUUGCUUGAGAUCUGCAGCUAGAUUACCCCUCAGGCUAAGAUCAGUGCCUUUCACACUUGAGGUGGAAAAAAAUAUUGGGCAGAUCUACACCAUACACUUAAAGCACAUGACUUCCCCCACCCAAUCCCCAAAGAAUCCUGGCAUCUGUAGUUUCUCACAGAGCCAGAAUUCCCAGCACCCUCAACAAACUAAAGUUCCCAGGAUUCUUUGGGUGAAAACAUGUGCUUUAAAAUGUAUGGUGUGAUUCUGCCCUUAAUGGCAUCAGCAUAAUAGACCCCAAAGUGGAUUGAUUUCAAUGGGAUUAAUUCAGGUGAACUUCUAAUCAGUUGUGUCCAGUGAUGAGACCUGACUGCUGUCUUGCUGUGUCAACCUUGAAUCUGCCCCUCGGGGGUAAUUCCUCUUUCUGAGAUGGAGGGGUGCAGAACCUUCUCUCAAGAACUGUUAGAGGCUUGAUGUGUGCAUUUAAGACAUUCUCCCCCCUCUCCCCCCAACUGCUCCUUCACUGGAAAUGCACUGAGAUCACCUUGGAUUUCAUUUACCUCAUACUUAUUUUUCCACUUGGGCAAUGCAGCUGCUUGUCUUUGGUUUUGUAUAUCCUAGAAUCCAUUGUUGUGACUGCCUGAUUCUUUAUACUGGAUGGCUUUUUUUAAGAUAUACUAUUUUUAUACUUUUUUUUAGAAAUUAUUUUGUAAAAUACUUGUUCUCUCUUUCCUCCCAGCUUUUCAAAGAUAAAACAGUGGGUAGAGGGCUCUCAGUACUGCGUUUGUAGAUGAGAUCGUUCAAACUGAGAUUCAGCAGGAAAAAAAUACUUCUGUUUUGACUAGAAAAUGAUUUCCUAAGUCAGUGGUCUGGUCCCAAGUUUCAAGCACCAAUAAUGAGACUAUUGGACAUCUUAAGGGUGUUUUGGUAGAGUGGGUGGGUAAGGGAGUCCCUAGAUGGGAACAUUGUAAUUUCAACUGCCCCCUAUAGAGAAGUUUUCUACUGAAGGUGUCCUACUGAUUCUUAAGACUAAGAGAAGCCUUUCCCCCUCCACCUUCCCUUUCUCUGGAAAUAAAAGGGCUGCAUGAAUAUAUUUUGGGGGAAAUGUGCAGUGUGGCGUUAAUUGAUGUUUACUCACAGCUAGGUUCCACUGUGUCGCCCCCAGGAAAGGGAGCACCUCAGUCCCAUGCAUAAAGAGAAAGAAAGCAAUGAUAAUUUGGUGAUGUGUUUUUUGCUCUGGUUUUGCCAGGUCCUUAACAGCUUUUGUUGAGCUGGCUGGGGAUACCCCCCCUCCCUCCUUCCCUUUUAUGCAGAUCCCUCCCACCCAUCCUCCUUUGUCUCUUGGGUAGGGAGAGGCCAGAACUGGAGGUGAUGGAUGACCCUGUAUCUUGGCGUGCACACAGUUUGGUGGGCGCAGACUGGUCUCCCACAAUGCAUUGGGGGCUCCUUCAGGCGUUCCUUGACUGGCCCGCUGGAGCCUCAACGCUGGGUGGUCAGACUUAGCACUUUCUUUGUUACCUCGCACUUCUUAAAUAAACGGAAUCUCAAAAAGGA